AUGUUUUUUUCAUUUCUUUGUAUUGGGAUUCUUGUUAUAAUACACACAGUCACUGCUGCUGAAUUUCAAACGCAUUACUGUGACCUUAACAUCAGCAGCCCCAUAAACAACAACACCCUUUAUUACUCAAAUCUCAUACAAGUCCUUGACUCACUUGCUUCUGAUACCAGCAUCAGUGAUAACCAAUUCUUACACACAAGCACUGGAAGUAUUCCACCCGACAUAGCUUAUGGCCUCUAUCUUUGUCGGGCUGAUGUUCUCCCAAACGAUUGUCGUAACUGUUUGCUCAAAGCGCGUGAAGAUAUGAACAACAACACAUGUCCCUUUUCCAAGGCAGCAGUGUUUUGGAGUGACAACUGUAUGUUACGUUAUUCCAAUUUUUCAAUGGUCUCAACGAUGAACUCUAGCACUUAUAUCCCUGAGUGCAACAAAGUUAAUAUUUCCAAUCUGGAUCAAGAGCAAAAUAAUUUCUGGCAACAUGCUAAGAAUCUGAUGGAUCGAUUAGCCAACCGUGCUUCAGCUGAUCAGAAAAAGAUGUUUGCACAUGAUGUAUCAUCCUACAAUGAAACCCAACUGAUUUAUGGAUAUGUCCAGUGCACACCGGAUUUAUCAGGGUCUGAUUGUAGUAAGUGUCUCCAAGCGAGCAUAGAUCGUUUGCGAGAGUACUGUUACGGGAGAGAAGGCGCACGAGUGUUGGCUGCGAGUUGCAAUGUUAGAUAUGAGAUCUAUAAGUUUUUACAAUUCUCAGACAAACCAGGGAAAAAGAGAAGCUCAUCAAAACUAACCAUAACAGUUGUUGCUAUAGUUGUUUUUCUUGUGGUAUGUGUGGCCAUAUGCUAUUUCUUCAUAGUGAAGAAAUGGUGUCGACCCAUCACUAAUAGUGAUUUAAAGAAGGAAACUGGUUCCAAUAUAGAUGAAAGUGAAAUGAUAACUGAGCAAUCUUUACAAUUUGAAUUGAGAACAAUUGAAGAAGCCACAAACAAUUUCUCAAUAGAGAAUAGAAUAGGUGAGGGUGGGUUUGGUGUAGUAUACAAGGGAAUUCUUCCUAGUGGUCUAGAAAUAGCUGUGAAGAGGCUAUCCAAUGGGUCUGCGCAAGGCUCGUUGGAAUUCAAGAAUGAGGUUGUAUUAUUAGCCAAGCUUCAACACAGAAAUCUAGUCAGACUUUUGGGAUUUUGCCUUCAUGUUGGGGAGAAGAUCCUGAUAUAUGAAUAUGUUGCUAAUCAUAGUCUCGACUUCUUUCUAUUUGAUCCUACAAAGCAAGCGAAUCUAGAUUGGUCAACCCGUUACAAAAUAAUUAGAGGAAUUGCUAGAGGGAUGUUGUACCUACAUGAAGAUUCUAGAUUGAGAAUUAUUCAUCGGGAUCUCAAAACUAGCAACAUAUUGUUAGAUGACGAAAUGAAUCCAAAAAUUUCAGAUUUUGGCAUGGCAAGGAUUAUUUGUGGAAGUCAAACACGAGCGAUGACAAAUAGGAUUGUUGGAACUUAUGGGUACAUGUCACCAGAGUACGCAAUGCAUGGCCAUUUUUCAGUGAAAUCCGAUGUGUUCAGUUUAGGUGUAUUAGUUCUUGAGAUUAUUAGUGGAAAGAAGAACACUUGCGUCUUCCAACCAGGCUACACAGACCUUCUAUGCCAUGCUUGGAAUACAUGGAAGAAUGGAGAACCAUUUAAGAUACUUGACUCAUAUCUGGUGGACUCAAUCUCAGAAAAUGAAGCCUUACGUUGUAUCAAUAUCGCCUUAUUGUGUGUUCAAGAAGAUGAUGAAUUAAGACCAUCAAUGGCUUCUGUAGUCCUCAUGCUCAAUAGUUCCUCCAUUCCAUUGCUAGUCCCCAGAAAAUCCUCCUUUUGUUUCUCGGAGAAGAAUCAGAUUGACACAAUCAGAGCAGUUGGUGACACAUAACAAUACCGAAGCUUCAAUUAUUACUGUUGUGCAUCCUCGAUAAAAGGAGCCAUUCAACUAUUAUAAUUUGGUGUAUGUAUGGUAUUUAGCCCAAUGAUAUUUUUGUCUUCCUUAAACGUUGAGGGACAUGUUACUGUAAAGUAUAAUUAGGAGUAGAUUAGAUGUGUGUAAGUUGUGACAUUUGUUUAAUUAUUUGUUUUUGUAAAAUCUGUAUAU